AUGUCGGAGACUGCUCCAGCUGCUCCAGCUGCCGCGCCAGCGGCCGAGAAGGCCUCGGUGAAGAAGAAGGCUCCCAAAAAGGCCGCCGGGGUGCGCCGCAAGGCGUCCGGCCCCCCGGUGUCCGAGCUCAUCACCCGGGCAGUGGGUGCCUCCAAGGAGCGCAGCGGCGUGUCCCUGGCCGCGCUGAAGAAGUCGCUGGCGGCCGCCGGCUACGACGUGGAGAAGAACAACAGCCGCAUCAAGCUGGGCCUCAAGAGCCUGGUGAACAAGGGCAUCCUGGUGCAGACCAAGGGCACCGGCGCCUCGGGCUCCUUCAAGCUCAACAAGAAGGCCGGCUCCGGGGAAGUCAAACCCAAGGUCAAGAAGACCGGCGCGGCCAAGGCCAAGAAGCCGGCCGCCGCCAAGAAGGUCAAGAAGGCGGCCGGGGCAGCCACCCCGAAAAAGAGCGCCAAGAAGACCCCCAAGAAGGCGAAGAAGCCCGCGGCUGCUGCUGGGGUCAAGAAAGUGGCCAAGAGCCCAAAGAAGGUGAAGGCUGCCAAGACCAAGAAGGCAGCCAAGAGCCCAGCUAAGGCGGUCAAGGCCAAGGCAGCCAAGCCCAGGGUUACUAAGCCUAAGAAGGCUGCGCCCAAGAAGAAGUAGGCUGCCGCAAGCCCCUGCUUCUAAACCCCAAAAGGCUCUUUUCAGAGCCACCACGGAUCUCAGUAAAAGAGCUGUGUA